AUGUUAUUUAUUAUCGGUGUUUUGAUUGUCAUUGCGAUAAUAGUGUGGUUAGUGAAGGAACUAGUGUUUCCAAGUCAACGAAAAAAUAUUGAAGGCAAACAUGUCGUGAUAACCGGAGGCUCAAGUGGGAUCGGAAAGGCCGUAGCCAUGUUGGCCGCGAAAAUGGGCGCUCACGUGACGAUUAUUGCGCGGGAUGUACAAAAAUUGGAGGCUUCUCGCAAUGAUAUAAUGAGCGCAUGCAAAAACAGAGACUCGCAGCGGAUCGAGUACUUGUCGCUGGAUAUAUCCAAGGACUAUGAAACUAUUGAAAAGUCUUUUUUGGAUAUUGAGAAGACAAUGGGGCCUAUUUACAUGCUCGUUAACUGCGCGGGUAUGGCUAUUUGCGGGAAAAUUGAGGAUACAACAAUAGAGACUCUCAACUGGAUAAUUAACUUGAAUUUUAUGGGCACUUAUUAUUGUACCAAGGCCGUUAUUCCUCGCAUGAAAAGCGCAAAGGAUGGAAUAUUUGGAUACUCAGCAUACUGCAGUUCAAAAUUCGCUCUCCGAGGCUUAUCCGAGAGCUUGGCGAUGGAAGUUAAUCCUCACAACGUAUCAGUGACUCUCUGCCUGCCUCCAGAUACCGAUACCCCGGGAUUCGCGGUGGAGGAGCAAUCGAAGCCUCUCGAGACAAAACUUAUUUCCGAGUCAGCGGGUUUAGUGAAAGCAGAUGUCGUCGCUAAACAAUUGAUCGCCGAUGCUUGCGCUGGUCGAUUUUUCUCGACUGUCGGCUUCGAAGGGUUCAUGCUGACAACUUUGUCUGCUGGAAUGUCACCCGUCUCCUCGCUUGCGGAACUAUUCCUUCAAUUUUUAACGAUGGGAUUAAUGAGAGUUGUCGGCGCUUGUUACCUCUUCUCAUUCCAGAAGAUUAUUAAAAACUGCAUGGAUAUUCGUGACAAAAAUAAAAAGUCCGAAUAA